AUGCAGCCCGACAAUGCUAAGACGACAUUUCCAUUUCCAAGGUAUAUUAUGUUAACAAUUCAACGGUUUUACGUAUUUUGUGUUUGUUUUGCAUUGAUCACUGUUUUAUUGCUCCUCUACAAUAUGCAGUUAGACGCUGGCGCCAUUUAUUUAACACGGGUAGAAGAUAUGCGGAAUAUCAAAUUACAUUCUAAUAUAUCUGAAUCUGGUAACAACAACAAUAAUAUAUGGCAUAACAAACAGAUUGUGAAUUCAUCAAAACACCAUGUGGUGAAGCUGCCAGCAGUCAACAGGUUUAAUGGUUCGUAUGCCGCUAAGAGACCUGUAGAAGUCAGGUAUCUACUGCCGAUUAUUGCAGACAGAGGUGGAGGUGGCAAUAACGUGCAAUUUCAAGCAUUUCGAAACUCGGUUGGAGUAGCCAUGGCGACUAAUCGCACCAUUGUCCUCACGCCGUUUUUCAACAUGGGUAUGAACAUUAGAACAAUCACAAAAGAAGAAAUGCACUACUUCAGUGAGACCUUUGACGCACAACUACUUCGUCAGUUGAUACCCGUAAUUCCAUUUCAACAGUUUGUGGACAUCUGUGGCAGGAGUUUAAGCAUGGUACAUUACAGUCGUAAAGCCAACAAGAUGAUGGCAGAAACUAUUGAUGCAUACACCGGUGUAUUUAACUUGUCGCUUCCUGUCUCGUUAGGUGGAAGCAGAGAAACACUUAGUACUGUGUUGUUUUCUUCUGUUCCAUGUCUUUGUUUGUUAGACGUACUGCCUAAUAAACCAGGGCAUGAUUCUUACUACAUGCUUCGCCAACUAACUAUAGAAAACCAUUUAAAGAGAGCGAGCUAUAUUAGAAAAGCAGCGGACGAUAUAAAGUCGCAUAUUUGCGGUAACCAGCCGUAUUUAGCGCUGCAUUGGAGAGACAAGACUACUGAACAAUGUGCUAUACGCAAUAUAUUCUGUGAUAAGUCAUCUGAACUACGAAUGACAUUUUCCGUCAUUGUUCAGAAUAUAACAUCUGAGAUGAAGAAAUAUAAUCUAAGCUGUAUCUUUAUCGCACACCCUCCAUUUUCAAAGACAAUAGUCGAGGAGUUCUCGAAAGUAAUUCACCCAGAGAAUGUAUUCGAUGCUUCGAAGAUAUCACUGGACAUGGUGGCGGGAAGAAAGGAUCUUUUGCAAGAUAUGUUCAAAUUAUCGCUUCUUGAACAAGAACUAUGCACUAGGGCUGAGGUCUUUAUUGGGUCAUCCGAUUCAUCAUGGUCAUUAUCUCUGAUGACAGAACGAAAAUUCAACCCCACAGCAACAUCGCUAUACAUACAAGACAUUGUUCCUAUAACCAGACGUCUGACAUCAACAUUCACAAAAGCAUUUGCUUUAGCUUCUGAUGCUUAUGCUGACAACCGAGAGGAAAUGAACUUACAUGUACGAUGUAAACAAUCAAACGAGAUGUACACAUUUGCACUGGCAGAAUCUGAGACGAUUGAGGCACUACAAAAUGAACGUUAUAAAUGGAUGUUUCUGAUGGCAAAGAACAGUUUCCGCGUGUUAAGCAGGACCAAAAAUGAUAAACAACGCCGAUGGAACCUUCUAAACGAUUCUCUUCCGAGACUAAAGCACGUUGUGACGACAGACAAUUCCGAUGACUACCACAAAGGCCAAGCAUGGUGUCACAUUGGAAUGUUCCUGUAUCACGGAAAGCCAGAGCUGGCUCAAAAAGGCAAACGGUUACUUGAAGAUACUGAUCUGUGGUCAAAAUUUCAAAACCCGAUGACGUGUUUUGAAGCUGCCGAAAAAUAUGGAGGGAUUAAUUACAAGAUAUUGACAAGAACGGCGAGAUAUAUCAGCUUUCAAGAAAAGCAACAUCGCAAGGCACUCUGUUUAGUAAACAGGUCAUUGGAUUUGAAUCCAGAUCCCAAGAUCAGUUGGUUUGCCUACUCAACACGUGGGCAAAUUUAUUGCACAAUGUAUAAAGAACUUUCUCGUGGUUACCAAAGACGUAAUAAAUAUGAUGCACCAGAUAAAGCGUUACUGGUGAAGGCAGCAGACGAUCUUCGCAGAUCGUUGAAAGGUAUUUCAAGUCCCAAAAAUGAAGCAGAUUUGGCAUACGCUUUGCUCCAACUUGGAGUUACACCAUCCUACUUCAAGUUUGACGCAUUCAGCCUAGCUGAUACUGGUCGCAUGGUGUCUGACACUGAGCAGAUCAGCGAGGCAAUGGAGUUGUUUGCUUCUGCGGCUACGAACGCCCCAAGUGACGCACGUUUUCGCAAGCAGUAUGAGGAAACCUUUCAUCUACUGGUCGCAAGUCUUUUCGCCAAUCUAAAUCAGGAAAACGAUCAAGCUUCCGCUGAAACCAUGGUUACCCGGAUUUGUGAUGUAAUGACACGCCACAAAGAUGUAUAUCAGCAAAUUAAAAAUAAGCAACCAACUUGCAAACUUCGAUCAUAUUAUCCAAAUGAGCACCGCCGAAUCUCGCGAGAACUGUUUCGUCAGCACCAGUGGGAACUAUAA